AGUGAGUCAGAGUGGAAAAUAAACCUUUCCUGGUUUUCAUUUCGAAAGUAGGAAAAUAACAUAAUUUUGAUUCGUAACUUCAUAGGCAAGGAAAGAAUACUAAAUUCAAGAUGACUUGUAACAGUUUUGCAUAUAAGAUCUUUAAUUAUAUAUAUUGCAAGGUUAAAAACAAUUAAAUUCAAGAUGGCUUGCAACAAUUUUGCAUUGAGGAGCAAUUACAAGAAAUGAAUAACUGAAUUCCAGAUGACUUGCAACAGUUUUGCAUGUAGGAGUUUAACUUGUAAAUAUUGCAAGGGGAAAACAGCUGUAUUCAAGAUGUCUUUCAACAGUUUUGCAUCUAGGAGUAUUUUUAUACCGUAAAACUGCCAUAUAUACACCAAAAUAAGAAUGUAUUCAGUACAGAACCAGCUUAGGGAAAGUAAAACUCAAAAUUGGCUGAAAGCCGUUGUAGCUGGAAACUAUACACGGACGUGUCUCCUUCAUUUGGUAAAAAGGGACAUCAAGCAAUUCCACACCGAAGCAGUAGCAUAUGUGGAAAAUAAACAAAGAACAACGGCACAUAAACAAGUUGAGACGAACUGCUCUUCGUGCAAAUCACUGGCUGACGUGUUAGAGUGCCCAACAAAUGGAUAUUGUAAAGGAAAACCUUGUACUUUACACGCCGGGAAACGUGUAGACAUUAACCACGCUUGUGUUAUUUUGAUGCAAUACAUUGUGAACAACCAUAAGUAUAUCCGACCGUCCUGGAAGAACACUGACGUUACACAGUGGGGCUCUGAUACUUGGUCCUUAGCCAGAUGCUUUCUACCCCGCGAUGGUUAUGAGGGAUCCAAAACAGCCGAAGAUACGGACCUGAACGGAAUUCUAAGCGUGAUACAAAAUUGCAAAUUUUUUAAACAAUAUGUCAGGGACUGGGACAUACUAGAGAACAGUUGCAAACAGGCCAGGAAAGCUUUGAACAGGUUUAGGCAUUUACCUACAACGUCAUUAUCUGAGAAAGAACUCACUGACUAUAUUGUGACGUUAAAGAGAUUCCUGGAGAAUAGUGGACCACUGAAGCAGCUCCCAGAUGUACAAGAUGCUAUUUUAAAGCUUUCAAAGCUGGAAAAAGAAGGCGACAUCUUUGACACAAAAGAACUUAAAGACAAGAUCGAAGAAGAAAUCAAACAAGCAGAGAAAAGCGAUUCUUCAACCUUUCUUAAAGAUUUACAAAAUCUGCGAGAGGAACUGCAAAGGGCCUACGGCAAUGGCAUCCUUAACAUUGAUUUACAUACGCAAAAGGCAAUGGCAGAAAUCGAUGCCCACGUUGAGAAACAUAAACGCCACCUAUCAGAAAAUGACGAAAUGCAGUAUAAGGAAACUUGUGAUGCUUUCCAGCAAGACCUUAUUACGUUCUACAAAGGAUUGCACCAUACAAUGCCUUUACCACCCCGUUUUCCUGAAAUAGAAAUGACAGAUGGGUUCGUUCCGCCCUUUCUGACCCUUCGCUCAGGAGAUAACACAGACCAAAGAAGACGUGACGAUCGAAUUAAGCCUGGAAGAGCCAAAUAUAAACGACCUGUCAAAGUACUUGAUGAUAUGUUCAAAAAGGGCUUGGAAAGAGCGAAGCAUAUAUAUGUUACUGCAAGGGCAGGUUUUGGAAAAACAGCGUUUUGUCAAUUUCUGUUACUAAUAUGGUGUGCACUGAAACAGGGGAACAACGGCGACAUUGACAAAUUAUCAUCGAAAGGAUGCGGGGCUUACCUUAAUUCUACAGAUGUUUUGAAGGAUUUUGACUUCGUAUUUUAUGUUCCAUUAAGACGUGUUAGGAAUCUCGUACAUUUCGAAGAAAUGAUUUCUCAUCAGAUCAUUUCAAAUUUGGAAAGAAAAUCAAAUUAUGAUAAAAGAUUUCUUGAAAAAAUUCUGUACGAAGAAUCAUGCUUGGUUAUUCUUGAUGGCCUAGAUGAGUGGGAACAUCCAAAAGGACCUCGUUCAAACUGCUACAUGGACAAUUGUUUUCUCCCUCACUGUCCUCCGAAAAGAAAUUGCACAGUUUUGACAACUUCCAGACCUUGGAAAAUCAGCGAGAGUGAAGUGCGUGUGUCCAAACUCGACAACCAUGUGAAGAUUCAUAAACUUGACGAUACCUCUUCAAAACUACUUAUUGACGAACUCAAUAACCAUCUGAAUAGCAAGUUCCACAGAAAUCUGAAAACAUCAUCAUUUUUCAAAGAGAUUGAAAGACAAAAUCUGAAGGAUUUGGUGUCCGUUCCGCUUAUGUCAACGCAGUUACUCAGUCUUUGGCAUGACAACAGAUCCCUUGUUGAUUCGAGAUGCCACACAUAUUGUAGCAUGAUUGAAAUGCUUUUUGAUAAAGCUACACAACGCGAUGAACAACUAUCUAAAGCGUUAGUACAACUGGACCCAAUCACUAUACCCGACUGCUUUCGUGGUCAAAGGUUCUGUCAAAAGCUCUCGAGGGUUUUAUAUGAUCUAGCAAAAUUAGCAUUUGAGACGACAGCCACUUCGGCAGGGCAAAUUUUUUUCGACGACGUUGUCGAGUCAUGUUUACCGGCACAGGAGUUAGCAUUCGCCCUUCAAACAGGUCUCAUCAAUAAAACACACGCCGAUGAUAAGGUGAUUGAACAGAAUGUUUACAGCUUUUUGCAUGCGACUUACCAAGAAAUGUUAUCAUGUGUUUACUUAGCUUCGUUGCCAAAAGACGAAACCUACUACCAAACGUGUAUUUGUCGUCUUGAAGAAAAUUGCCGCAAAGAUAUAUUGACAGACAUGUUCAUAUUUUUCUGCGGGAUGGAUGAUCAUUUAGCACAAAGAACGAGCGAAAAAAUAUCCAAACUUGACGUUGACGAAUUAACAAAAUCAAAUCGGAUAAAAUUCCUUGAUGUCAAACAGUCACGUGAUAUUGUCUUAAGCGGGUACAACGAAGCAAUCAAAAAUGAAAGACCAAAGUCAUCUUUCACACUUCAUCAAGUCGUCGGGGAUCAGCAAAUGUCUCUCGGCCAUCAGUUGAUUCCACGUGAUAAAAGGGGAAUCACAUCUAUUGCGUGUGUUCUGCAUGAUCGCCAGAAGCAGGAUACAAUAGAAGAGUUGAAAUCUAUUCUCAAUACAUCAUGUGACUCGUUGGUGUAUGUCUUUGUCAACGGAGAACAAGUUGAAAAUAUUCAAAUUAUGUCAGAAUCGAUCGUUCGUUGCUUGCAACUGCACACUCUUGAACUACGAAACAUAACCUGUGAGGGCGAGUUGGAUUUGCGAUGUUGCAAGUAUAUAAGCUCUUUGACUCUUAAAGAUGUUAAGAUAGAAAGUGUGGCUGUAAGUGCCGAACAUCUUGUUUUUUGUUUCAUUCGAUCAACUGACAACAAAACGAUACUUAAGGACGGAGCGAAAUUUUCAAAGAAACUGAAAGAGCUUACACUGUUCCAAGUCAAGAUUGAUGGGUGUCUUAACUUGUCUGAUUGUACUAAUCUAAAGGAGAUUUGCCUCUGUAGUGUCGAUGUUAAAACCGUAGAGAUGACAAAACUGUAUAAAGUAGAAACGUGCAUUCUUGGUGGGUAUAUCGGCCAAUGGACCCAAGUCUUUGAGGCACUGGAAUUCUCGACUACCUUGACAGAGCUCGUCAUAAGCGGAAUAGAACGAACAGCAAUCCCGAUAUUGAAUUUAGUACGGCUUAUCUCAAAUUUGCCGAACAUCGCAAUAUUGCAACUUAUGGACACAGAUCUAAAAGAUUUAGAUCUGAUUUUGCCUUUGGGACUUCGACAAAUAGUUCUGCAUGGAGUGAAAAUGUCAAUUUCAUCGUUUGAAAGAUUAUUAAAAUCAUUGAUUCAAAGUCCACAAGAGGUUGGAGUUCGUAUAGGAUAUUGCGAAAUACGGCCGGACGGUCGGUUGGACCUAGAAACUAUCGUAAAGGAAAUCAAAGAAUGCAAACACUAUCAGUUUGACAAGGACUUUUCGGUACCAACAUUUGAGGGUUUGUCGAGUGGACGAGUGAAUGCUAAUGUAAAAAGUCUAAAGUUUCACCUCCUAAAAAAUGACUGAAAUUGAAAGAUCCGAGUGACUUUGAAGAAAGAAAUAUGUGUACACACUUUUUUCGUAAAAAUACUUAUGUGCAUUGCCGUGUUGCUUGCUUUUUGUGUUGAAAUACUUAUUAACUCACUUUCAUGAUAAUCAUGAAAUUACUUUUUUCCGACAUAGUUUAGUUACUCCGUCCGUAGGUAUUAUGUCUUUGCGUUGUACCAUAUUAGAGACUGUUAAGAUAAGUUCAGUAUACGCACGCUAAUUUUUGCUCGGUAAGGUUAACAAUAUGGUACUAAAACAGUUAAUAUACCCAACCCUGAUGAUCGAAAUAAACUCGCGUAGUGUGUGCAGUAAUUAUAACUUCAAUAUUUUGUUUAAUCAAUGUACCUUAUUUUUCAUAACCUAUAACUGGAAUCGCAAAAUGUGUUCAUCGUGCAUCAGCUUUAGUUGCAUGGUUUAGGCUUUAAAAUCAAAUCGACUUUGUUUGCAUGUCUUACAAUAAUGUUCUCUUACACUCUCCAUUAUGGUACAAUAUUUGUAUUGUUACGAUUGAUUAUAUGAUAUUUCUUUAUUUCCUAAUUUUGUUUAUACAUUUUAUGACUGCAAUAACCAUUUUGUAUUCAUUACCGUUAUCGUCAGUUUAAAUAGACAAUGAUGAUGAACUGCCAAAUGUAUACUUAUAAAGUAUUACAAAUAUAAAAGGUGCUCGAAUGAUUAAAAGGAGUUCGCAAGACGUAAAUAGAAUCUAAAGGCCUAGUUUAAGCCUUGUAUAAGUGACCCCCCCCCCUAAAAAAAAAUAUGUGUGCAGUACACAACCUCUGUGUAUUGAUUUUAAUCUACUUGCCUUCAGGGUUCAACCCUCUUAUCAGAUCUCCGAUCUGAAUAUCCUGCUGUGCAGUUUGGGAGGUUUUAUAAUACAAAUCGAACCUAAAUGGCCCAGAGCCAAUAAAGGAAUACACAGGAAGUUGGCCCCUACUGUAACACCAAUGCAAUAAGCAGAAGAUGCACAGCACGGGAUUACCAUGUCAAACAUUCCUUAAACUAGGUCUUAAUUUGAACCAAUGUUCUGUUUUAAGAUCGGUUUCAAACAAACAUCAAACAAGGGACAAGUUACGCUUUGAAACCACAAACAACACUUCUAUCAAAAUAUCGUCAAUGGUAAAAGUAAAGGUAGCCACCUUGACACGGUCAGUGUACACUAAAUGAGAACUCAUUGGGGGUUGAACCGGUUGCAAGCACUCAACACCACACUUCCCAUACAAACCCUUACACCAAGCAAAGAUCCCAUUAUUUCACUUUUUAAAUAUGAGAGAUCAACAUACUUAGUGUUGUCAAAACAAAUUGUGCAUCUACUACAUACAUAUAUUGAUUGUUUCAACCGAAAACACCUACGUAUUUGUAAGACACAAAAGUUAUUCAAGUAUUUGAUCUAUACAUGGGAUGGGCUUGAGUUUAUUGUAAAUUUACAAGGCUUAUCAAUGUUAUGGUAAAGCGCUUGAAAAACUAGUUUUUUGCUCCUUUUUACACUGACCAUGGCAUUUGUAUUACCCCAAACUUAUAAUGAUAUGGUAUAUUAGAAGUGUAUUUAAUAGUUAUGUGUGGCGUGGGCCGUCUUUUUGCAUUUUUUUUUUGCAUUGUACUAGAGUGUAGUGAUUUUUGAGGUUAGUAUGCUUCAUUGUGUACAUAUAAUUUAUAGUGCGAUUUUUGAUACGGUAAGCACUUAUAUGCAAAAGUAAAGAACAACAGUGGUAAAUGCGCAAAGUGUUUGGUUAGACGUUUGGUCCGACAUGAAGAUAUUACAGACAUUUAGACGGAACAGAUCAGCACGAGACUCAGACUUAGGCAAGAUAAUUUUUAAAUAUUAAAAAAAAACAUUUUGAAUGUAGUCGUUCAUGUUAUUUGUAACAGGUGUAUCAAGUCCUCAGUCUCAAACUAAGUGAAAAUGGGCCCUGCACGCCCUAAUCAGUAGACCCACCGGAUCUUUUAGUAUUCGACCAAGGCAACAACACUGACGAUAACAAUUAUUCAAUCCUAAACUUACAGUAUUCUUUUAAUUUGCUUUUUUAUACAUGUUGUAUUAGUAUUAUGCUUUAAUAAGUUUGGUCAAACAUAUUUUUUUUAUUUUUUUUAAUAUUAUAUAAUUUAGGUUCAAAGCUAAAACAAUUAUGUUUACUAAUCUAGUCAUUAUAUUGUAUGUGCGUUGUUUCUUUUGAGUUUGAGAUGUAAUACUCAUUGUAUACAAUAAUUUUUUUCUGCUAUAUUACAUCAUAUUUCAAUGUGUUCAUGUUGUUCAAUUUUUAAAGAAAUCAGCGAGUUUCUCCAUUUGUUUCUAUGUGAUAUUCCUUUAUAUUUUUUCAAUGCCUGACUAUUCUUUCUCAACAUUGAUAAUUUGAUUUACUUUGUAUUAUUAAUAUCUGUCAUCUGUUCCCGUUCCGGAUAGAAAAAUCCGACCCGAGGGCACCUGUGUUGCCAGGUAACGAGGCUUGUCGAGUUAUCGGCUACGCAGCGUGCCCGGUAAACCUCGUUUCCGAAAAACACCCUACGCUCGGGUCGGAAUGAAACUAUCUUACACUUUCGGCCAUGGAAGAUACUUAUAAUCCGGAACGGAUCGACACACAUGAUAGAUAUUUUUUCUAGCAUACCUUAAAUGACAUUUUUGGGAGAAAAAUAUAUAAGAAAGCGCGUUUUUGUACUAUAAAAGCGCGUGCGAUGAUGUUUACUGACGUCAUGACGCGCAGUAAUUUGUAUGCACUGCAUACGUCAAUAAGUUCCUUCGAUAUCACAUCUUUAAAGGGUUAUUUUGUUUUGUUUUAAUGGAAUAUUUUGUAAACUUAAUGUUAUGCACCAGUCAAUUGUAACCACUGCCCCCAAGGUCCGGGGGUAUACCGGGGAUAGCCGGGGAAAUGGGCCGUGUUUUUACCAUCCCGGUGGCCCCGCAGUGCCGGGUGAAUGCGGUGGUUUUGUAUUCACGCCAAAUAUAGCGGGGAAUGUGCCUUACUUAGGGUCCCUUGGGUGCUGGGGCAUUUGGCGGGGAUUUUACCAUCAGUUCGUUCCCGCAGGGCGGGGGUUUUACCCGGGCUUGGCUAGACCGAAAGUCAAAGUCCCCGCUUUUCCCGGACCUGGAGGGGCCGUGGUUACAAUUGACUGGUGCAUUAAUGGAACUCAUCUAUUGAAAUCUCAUUACUAUGGUUACAUUAAUUAAGUGUUUAAUAAAAGAAAAUGAAAGCAUAACGUCACAGGGCGUGACUCAUCUGGCACGGGGUGAUGCCAGAUGGAGUUUUCCAGUACGACUUAAUUGACCGUAAAUGCCUAUCCCGUGUGCAAGAAUAUUGAAUAAUGUUAUUAUGAUGCAUUGUUAUACAGCUUCUAUAAAAUUGCUUUGUAAUAGUCGCCUGUUUUAUUUAAUUAAUUUGUUUAUACCAUGCAAUGCUUUUGUUUUAUUUUCAAUAAUCUUGUGUGUUUUUUUUCUUUUCUUUUUAACCCAAUUACGUGUCUUGAGAAUAACAAAACUUGAAUCUUGUAA